CACAAAGAUCAUAUACUAUGUCAAUGAAGAUGUGACGCCGUCAGCCGUGAAACCAGGUAUUGUGGAACUUUGUAGUGUUUUGAGAGAGCAGAACACUGUCACACUGUGAGUGAAGGCUCUGUGAACUGCAGUGUCAGUCAUCGAGAAAAAGAAAAAAGAAAAACAACGUAAAUUUGUGGAAAAAUGGUUACUUGUGUUGUCUACGGAUGAGCAGACAGCAGCGGGAAGUCAGCUGUCUACCACAGGUACGAGAAGAUGCCAGAGAGAAGAAUGAGUGAGAGGCAAAUUCUCUUCCACAAAACACACUCAGUGAUAUGGAAGGAACAAAAAGUGGUGUGAAAAAUUAAGAGUCAAAUACGGACGAUAUUCCGAGCAGAGCAGUAGAAGCCAUGCAGAAGCCUGUUGAUGAAUAUCAGGUGUUUGCCGAUUAUGUAGCAUUAGAACUACGUUCGUUAUCACAACCAUCGAGUAAAAAAAAAUUAAAAAGGAUGAUACAAGAGGCGAUACUGCAAGUUUCCGCAGAAGAUGAAGAUGCAAGUGCUUCCCGGAUACCUCCAAAAGAUGAUGCUGGCAGUAAAUAUUUAAGGCAGCAGCGCCAGAGGAAGCCAGUCACCGUGGAAGCUGAGAUGCCUGGUGCAGCCGAGGAUAUGGAAUGUACCACAAUAAAGCAAGAGAAACACUCCGACGAUGACGAAGCUGCCAAUUUAGCACAAAUGCAGGGAUUUGAGUUUGUGGCAGUGAAGCAGGAGCUACUGGAGGACACAGCGGCCGAGGGACAGGAGGCGGUACAGGAAUCUGAAUAUAUUACUGUGAAGAAAGAGGAACCGUUUCAUGACGACGGGCGUCACGGAGAGCCAGAUCCUGCACAGGAAGCUGAGCGUUUUGUCGUCCCUAAAGAGGAACCCUUUGACAACAGGGUGCAACCUGGAGAGCUGGUCACCGCACAGGUACCUGCGCCGAUGAACGGAGAAUUCGAACUGAGGGGUGCAGCAGUGGAACGGAAGGAAACUACUUCGACAGAGGAGGCUCCUGUCAGUUUGUCGCCAAUUACAAAACGGAACGAUCGGCAGGAAAUUGGUGCUCGGGCGAGGCAGUUAAAAGCUAAAUUACAGAUGCUGGUGAACUAUGUAAAUUCGUGUGAGUUGAGUGCAGAAACAAUAGGCAUCAUGGACAAGGAAGUGGACCGUUGGUUAUCACUAACUCACUUUUACGUCAGUAGGGAAGUUCCGCAUUGUGCCAGCAGUGAUGAGAGGAAAGUGCAGCGACUGCCAGAUAAAGGAAAGAGUACUGUUGGAAAACCAAACCUCGUUGAGAAGCCUAAUGUUCCAGAUGCACUUAGGCAAGUUAGCAGUGAAAUGUUGACUACGCAUGUCAAUUUUGAUCAUUCUUACUGUAAGUAUUAAGUUGACCUACCCUAAAUUAUUGGGUGCCCAUCACGGUUGGUUGGCAUUUUGCGGAAACACGUCAUGCAAAAACAGAUUAAUUCAGUGAAUGUGGUAGCUCUGUUGUGAUAAGGAAAUCUGUGUGUAUUUACUAAAGGAAAUUAUUUGGUAUGUGCCAGUGUAUGUUGAUUCCUUUAUCCUAUUACAUUAUUUUAAUGGCACUUAGAUUUAGUGCGUUUUUGUCAUUUUUAAUAACUUUGCUACCUUCUGUACUUCAUUAUAGAUAACUGCAUCAUCUGCAAGACAUCUGAGUUUGCUAUUGAUAUUGUCUGAAAAUCAUCAGUAUACGAGAGCAGAUGCAAAAGUAACACAAUUUUUUUUCUUCCUCGGUAUUGCAGCUGAAUAGUCGGAAUCUGACAGUGAUAUAGUUUGAAGUUUGCGCUCCAGGCUGUCUUUCAUUUUCGCGUGUGGGUAUAACGAGAGAAGCCCGAGCUGUGAAACAGACUUGGUGCGUGUGUUACUGUCAUUAACAUGUGAAGAGCAGAAAAGUGUAGUUUGAUAUUUGCGGGACAAAGGGCAUAAACAGGGACAUGCACGAUUUGCGUGGGAAAAGACUGUAUGGACCAUAGUAAUGUCUCCAGCUGGUGUGCGCUCUACCAAAAGGCCAUGUGAAUCUUACUGACUGUCCUGUAACAGGCAACAGGUAACAGCUGCAACCCCACAGAAUGUCUGAGCCAUUGAGGCAGCAAUUUUGAACAACUGACAUGUGCUACUGCAAAACUUAUCACGGAAGUUCGACAUUUUUUUAUGUUGCAGUGUAAGAUAUUGUUCGUGGUGCAUUUAAAUUUCGUAAAGUUAGUGCUCGUCAGGCGCCUAAGAAGUUGACAGACGACGAGGAGGACCGAUAAAUGACGACGGCCUCAGAUCACCGAACAAGGACUUGUCGCUAGCGAUGAGUCGUGGGCGUACCACUACACACUUGAAAUCGAGCAGGCAUCUAUGGAGCGGACACAUGCUAGUUCUCCUGUACAAAAAUGCUUCAGAGUGACUCGGUCUACUAGGAAAGUGCUUGUGAUAGUGUUCUGCGAUAUGCACGGUGUGUUAUUGGUGGAAUUUGCUGAAUGCAGGACCAGUCCGAAUGCUGCAGCCUACAGUAAAACUGUGGUUAAGUUGUAUCCGGCCCUUCGUGGCAGACGCCACAGCAUUAAUGGUGACGGUGUCAAACUUCUUCGUGACAAUGUUUGCCCGCAUGUCGCUUCUCCUGUUCGUGAGAAAACAGCCAAAUUUGGAUGGGAGGUGCCCUGGCAUCCACCGUACAGUCCAGUCUUUGCACCGUCCGACUUGCAUCUGUUUGGUCCUGUGAAGAAAUUCCUGACUGGCCAAUGCUUUGCUACACAUCUGGAAGUGAAAUCAGCAGUCCGCAGAUGACUAUACUCCAACGAAAUGGAUUUCUAUGAACAAGACAUGUUGAAGCUGGUACCAUGAUGGAGAGACACAUUUAGAAUGUUAGUGACUAUGAAGAAAAGUAGGUAGAAGAUGUAAGUUUAUUUAUGACUUUUUGUUUUGUUAGCUAUUAAACAUUUUGGUAAUGAAA